UACAUUGAAUAGCUGGACGUUUAUUUAUUUAAAGUCAACGCUUAUCUAAAGAUGGAAAGCAAGUUGUUUUUGAGCUGCUUCUUGCUAUUAAUUCCAACUUUAACAUUAACUCAAUUGGAGUUGAAUUGUCAUUAUAAAGAAUGGAAAGAACCACAAGAGAAAACAUGGACACCAGGAACAACUUGGGUGAAUCAAAUCGGGCAGCCAGAGUUUAUUUGGAAAUAUGUUCAGUUGAAAGAAGACGCUACGCGUUUCAAUCUAAAACAAGACUUUCUAAACCCCCUCCAAGGAAAUGCAAUAAGUAAAAUGGGAGCUAUGUAUGAACAUCUCUUGGACAUAGUAAACAACUCAAAGGAUACAUUUUCUACAGUUACCGCCUUGUGCAAUAACUGUUCAUAUUAUUUUCGUACCUAUGAAGGUUUUUGCAAUAAUUUUCUUUAUCCGGAUUACGGUAUGACUAAAUCGAGAUAUUCGCGCUUGCUGCCACCCAAUUAUAGCGACGGAAUUCACGCGCCUACCCGAUCGGUGACAGGCAGCCUUCUGCCAAACGCUCGCCGCUUGUCGUUAUCGUUGUAUGGCGAGAGCACAAUGGCAGACAGUUUCCGUACAUUAAUGACCAUGCAAUGGGGACAACUGGUUGCUCAUGAUUUAAGUCAAUUCACUCAUCAGGAUGCGCCAGCGGAUUGCUGCCGAAAUUUCAAUAAUAAAAUGUGCUAUCCCAUCAGAUUGCAUCCACUUGAUCCAAUUGCCUUAAAUUCUGACCAAACAUGUUUCAAUUUUUCACGCAGUCUUUCCGAUAAAGAUUCCCGGCAUUCAUCAAAUAAUUCGAUUUAUGCAGAAAAAAUCACUUUUACCACCGCUUUUCUAGAUCUGGGAUCAAUUUAUGGUAAUUCAUUAUCCGAGAAUAAACAGGUCCGCCUCUAUAAGGACGGCCUUCUUAAGGUUGGCCACCGAAAACGUUUUCUGCCUAUCAUCAAAUCGAAUAAAAACUUUAUGUGUCCGGCGCAAAACCGAUAUUGCUACGUAAUGCCAGAUAAACGAAAUCAAUUCAUACCUACGUUAAUUAUUUUACAUACAUUGUUCGUGAGAGAGCACAAUCGUUUGGCUAAUUUGUUGCUUCGACUCAAUCCGCACUAUUCCGAUGAACGAAUUUUUCAAGAAGCUCGAAAAAUUAAUAUAGCGCAGUUUCAGAAAAUCACUUAUUACGAUUGGUUGCCUUUGAUGAUAGGACAUAAAUAUGGGUACAAGAACGGCCUUCUUCAUCGUGUAAAAUACCCUGGAAAUUAUGUGAAUGACUAUAAUGAGUACAUGAAUGCCGCUCCAUAUGCUGAAUAUGCUGCUGCGGCUUUUCGUUACAGUCAUCAUCAGAUUCCUGGCUGGUUUACUAUGAUCUUUUCUGAUCCACGUCGUAAUCAAACAAUGCGCUUAAGCGAUUAUUUUGAUCGUGAACAAAAUAUAAAUUUGGUUGAAAGCGGAAAUAAUUUCGAUUCUCUCCUGCUGGGUUUAAUAACGCAACUGCAAAAAAGAUCCGAUGAUAACAUCGAUCGAGAUAUUAAACAUAGAUUUAAUAGAAAAGGUUUUGAAGAUUUUGGUUCGGAUUUAAAAGCGCUUGAUAUACAGCGUGGACGGGACUUUGGGGUACGGAGUUAUAAUGAUUUUCGAGAAUAUUGUGGUCUCGCAAGAGCCUCUACCUGGUCCGAUUUUGGUAAAGAAAUAUCCCUAAAAAAAAUCUCUAUUUUGCGAAGAUUGUACAACUCGGUCGACGAUGUGGAUUUAAGCGUAGGUGGUUCUUUAGAAACACAUGCUGCAGAAGCGAUCUUUGGGCCCACAUUUCAAUGCAUAGUCGGCAAACAGUUUCUAAAAACCCGCAAGGCAGAUCGCUUCUUCUUUGAACACGACAACUCAUUCGGAGGCUUCAAUCAAGGACAAUUAGCUGAGAUACGUAAAGUUACUUUAGCGGGCCUUAUAUGCAAGAACGGCGACAAUAUAAGUUAUAUACAAACGAAUGUUUAUGUUUCUUCCUCUAGAAGGAACAAGAUGGUGAGCUGUCAAACGAUCAUACAACAAGAACUAAACCUUAAUCUGUGGAAGGAUCAACCCCUGUUUGGGAAAUAAGAUGACUUUUAUAAAUGUAUCUUAACGAUUAGUCAGUACAUACAAGAGACUUAUGUAA